GACAAAUCUCUGCCGGCCAGAAAGCACCCACGCAACUCUGACCACCCGCACUCAAAUGAUCUCGAGAAGGCACACCGCAGAGAAGCCCUUUCACAUGCCACCGCCUGGGCGGGACUCUCUGACAAGGCCGCGCCAGCAAUGGGUGCGUUUGGCAUUGACGAUUUUGAGGAUGUCAUGGCUCUCGUGUUGGGUAAUGAUAAGCUCUGUGAG